GGGGGGUCCUCCACUCCAGCGACCGGAGUGGGAACCCUUCGCUCGGACUGCCAUAUCUCCACAGCCUCCGCCACAACAAUGAGCACCACGCCGGGCUACGGGUGUCACAUGUUGGCCAGCAGAUGAAGAGUGUUCACGGAGCUUGGUAGUCACCCACCACCGCUGUCAUGAAAGAGCUGAAGGGCUGCGGUAUGCGCUCUUCGGUGGGCUUUCUGUCCCGCCGCCGGUUGACGGGGCAUCCGCUGAUGAAGGACGAGUUCCAGCGGCGCAGGUUGGCCGGUUGCACCAGCCUGUACAAGAAGGACAUGCUCGGACACUUUGGCUGCGUCAACGCCAUCGAAUUCUCCAACAACGGCGGCGAGUGGCUGGUGUCCGGCGGAGAUGACCGGCGGGUGCUCUUGUGGAACAUGGGAGAAGCCCUCCACGCUCGCUCCAAGCCACUCAAGCUAAAGGGAGAACAUUUGUCCAACAUCUUCUGCCUCGCCUUUGAUAGCAGCAACAAGAGGGUCUUCUCAGGAGGAAACGACGAGCAGGUGAUUCUUCACGACGUGGAGCGGCGGGAGACGCUCAACGUGUUCUUGCACAUCGACGCCGUGUACAGCCUCUCGGUCAGCCCCGUAAACGACAACGUCUUCGCCAGCUCGUCCGACGACGGCCGCGUCCUCAUCUGGGACACGCGAGAGCCGCCGUACGGAGAACCGUUUUGCCUGGCCAAUUACUCGUCGGCCUUUCACAGCGUGAUGUUUAACCCGGUGGAGCCUCGGCUGCUGGCCACCGCCAACUCCAAAGAAGGCGUCGGGCUGUGGGACAUCCGCAAGCCUCGCAGCACGCUGCUGCGCUACGGCGGCAGCAUGUCGCUGCAGAGCGCCAUGAGCGUGCGAUUCAACAGCACGGGCACGCAGCUGCUGGCGCUGCGCCGCCGCCUGCCGCCCGUCCUCUACGAGCUGCACUCGCGCCUGCCCAGCUUUCAGUUCGACAACCAGGGCUACUUCAACUACUGCACCAUGAAAAGCUGCUGCUUUGCCGGAGACCGCGAUCAGUACAUCCUGUCCGGCUCGGAUGACUUUAACCUCUACAUGUGGAAAAUCCCCAAGGACCCCGAAACGGGCGGACGCGUGGUGAACGGCGCCUUCAUGGUCCUCAAAGGCCACCGCUCCAUCGUCAACCAGGUCCGCUUCAACCCGCAUACGUACAUGAUCUGCUCCUCUGGCGUGGAAAAGGUCAUCAAGGUUUGGAGUCCUUACCAGCAGCCCGACAGCCUGGGUGAUCUGGACGGCUGCGUGGAGGACACGUGCCGCAGCCUGUACACGCACGAGGAGUACAUCAGCCUGGUGCUGAACAGCGGCAGCGGCCUGUCGCACGACUACGUCAGCCAGUCCAUUCAGGAGGACCCGCGCAUGAUGGCCUUUUUCGAUUCGCUGGUGCGCCGCGAGCUCGAGGGAUGGAGUUCCGAUUCGGACUCGGACCUGAGCGAGGACGCCAUCAUGCAGCUGCACGCUCGCGGCCGUCGCCCCACCCGAGCGGCGACGGCAGCGGCGGCCGCCGCCACGGGCGUGGACGAGGCUGAAGUCGGAGCGGAGGACUCUGAUAAUUCCAGCUCGGGAGGGGACGACGAGGAGCGCUCCAGGAGACAGAGCAGCAGGCCGCCAUCAGUUUUUUUGACAAACGACGACUCCGAUUCGGACAGCGCGUUUUGGCUGGACCCGAUGCCGCGCCCACGCUCGCCGAGCCCGCGCGAUUACGCCACCUUGUCCAUCCCCUCGUCCACCUCGCCCUCACUGCCCGCCGGCGCCUCCAGUUCCUCGGCCAGCGCCUCCAGCUCCAGCAGCGAGGACGACGAGCGGCGCAGUGCCGUGCGGCGGCGCAACGUAGCCAGGCGGCAACGCAUGCGCGUGGCCUCGCGCGCCGGCGAGCUGACCGACCCCGCCGGCCAAGCCUUGUUCUCCGCCAUCGACUCGUGCAGCUACCCGUCCAUCUCCAUCCACGACUUGACGUCCUCGGAGGAGGAGGCGUCGGAACGAGACGGCGGGAAACGCCGCCUGAGCCUGUCGGAUUUGGUGUGCGGCAGCCCGGUGAUGUCGCCCGAGACUCGGGAGGACGCGAGCGAGCCGGCGGCGGGGCGUCACGGCAGGACUGAGGCCAUCUCGGACGAUGGAGACGGAGAGGCGGAAACGAACGGGCGCCACCGAGACGCCGCUGCCGGACAGCCGGAGCGCGAGGCCGGCGUGGCGGAGGCGGCGGACACGAGGACGGGAGAAAGGCUCAAAGUCGCCACGCAGAAGCGGACUCAUGCGGGAUCAGAAGAGGGUGAGUGCGGCUCCUCAGAGAAGAAGCUCAAAACAUAGUCGCCAUUUUUCUUCUUUCCAGUCGGCAUUUCCUUUUUUGGAGGUCAUGUGACUUUAAAAAAAAAAAAAAGACAGGAAGUGACGUUCGUGAUUUCUCUUUUUGGUAAGAUUGACUCAUUCACUAAUUACUACGUUUGAGUGGAAUCUUGAUACUGAAGUGGGUUGAGUUACUCCAUUUAGACAAAAAAAAGUUUUUUCUAAAUGUAACUCUAACUCAUUUUGAUAUACUUUCAUGGCGCAGAAAUUGAUUAGGGACAUAGGGAAUGAGUGAAUGAUUCCCAACACUGCCAUUUUGUUUUUUUAGUACCAAGAAGGAAAGUUAUUGAUUUGGACACGGCGCACAAAGUGACUUGCCAUUUUAUUUCAAGUGUUUGACGUCAAGCGUGCACGUUUUUUUUUUUUUUUUCUUAAUGUUGAAGGCGUCAAGAAGAACGCAUUUGUGUUUAGAACAUUACAAGACAGACGUGUUGUUUUCUGUCAAUAAAAGGACUGGCUCAUUCUCCAGCCCAAACUCUU